CUCUCAGCGAGACAGCGGUGUUCGUAUCAGGUGCUGUGUGGUACUUUCUGCCAGAGUCGGACUAAAAAAAGAGGCCCAACAUACCAGAGGCUUCCCCCGGAGCAGAGCGCUCGCCGUGUGACACACAAGUCGACAAAGUAACGCAGCAUCAUGUAUCGCUUGCUGGUGCAGAAGGCGCUCGCGAACAAUUCGAAACGACCGUCCGCCCAGCUGUUCGCCGCCAGCCGAUCGUACAGCGGAAGCGCACGAGGUUCCAACCUGCCCCCGCUGCAGGAGGCAGGAUUCGGAAAGGUGCUAGUGGUGCUCUCCCCAAUCCUUAUUGGUGGAGGCGUCGUAACGUACGCCAAGUACGAUAAUGAGUUCCGCAAAACGUUAAUUACGAAUGUUCCCGCGCUGGAACCGGUGCUGAAGACGCUGCUGCAGGAGACGAACCCUCUGGACGAGGUAUCCAAAAAGAUGGACGAUAUUAGCAAAACCAUCGGCGAGUACACUUCCACCAUCACCGGCUUCUUCGGUGGCGGCGAGGAGGAAAAGAAGCAGGAGAAAAAACCUGAUUUACCACCGAUCACCCGCGCCAAGUCGGUUCACGUGCCGGUACCGUCACCUCCCCUUCCGAAACCGGAGCCCAUCAACCUCUCCGACAAGGUACCUGAGCAGCCGAAGAAGAAGCCGGAAGCUGCCCCACCAAAGGUGACGACCGCGACGGCCACCAAGGCUGCGGCCGCUGGUACAGCAGCUGCGCCGGCCAAGAGCGCACCGGCAGCACCAUCGAAGCCAGUUCCUCUGGCAUCUGGCGGCGAAACCGUACCGAAAUCCAUCAGCGACCUUGAGCAGCAGGUGGAGGUGGCCGCUACCAUCGCCAUCAAAGAGUACGGGCACGCGGUCGACGUGCUGAAGUCGUACACGAACGAGGUGCGCAAGGUGGUGGACGAGUCGGUCGAUAAGCUGGACUCGUCCAGCUGGACCACGCUGCGCAACCGCACGAGUGCGCGCGACACGGCGCUGCAGGCCGCGGAAGAUGCGGCCGACAAGGCGAGGGGCAACAUCGAGAAGCUGCACGCGUUGCUGAACAGCCGCGAGAUCAAGUGCUCGGACGAGCUGAAGGACAAGGCGAGACAGAACAUUGCCGCCUACCUGGACCAUCUGAAGAAGGCCAAGGAGGAGGUGUAUGCGGCGCGCGAUCUCGCCUCGCUCGGCGAAAAGUACUGGAAGCGGGUGGAGUCGGCCCGGAACUACUUCGUGGAGGAGAUGGAAUCGCUCUUCCCGGGCAUUAAUCUGGCGGAGCGCAAGCUGAACCUUUCCAAGGACGAGCUGGACCUGUUCAUCCUGCACGCGUACACGCAGGUGAUUGCGCACCAGAAGGAGCUGCAAAAGCUGCAGAUCGAGGGCGACCAGAAUCUGCGCCGUGCGCUCGAGGCGGUGCGCGGUUCGGACCAGAGCGAGGAGGUAAAGGCACGCCUGGAGUACGAGAUUGCGAAGGAGAAGCGCCAGCUGAACCUGCUCAACCAGAAGAAGCUGCUGCUUACGCGGGCCGAGCUGGAGCAGCAGAUGCGCGAGCAGCUGAAGCGCCAGACGGAAGCACACGUGGACCAUCUGAAGGAUGCGCUGACGCAGAAGGAGCUGGAGAUGAAGCGAAAGUUCCAGCGCGAGCUGGAUGAGAAGAUUACCACGGAACAGGCAAGCUACAAGCUGCAGCUCGCGGCAAUGCUGGGCAAGCUGAAGGGCAUACACAACGCACUGGUCGAGAUUGAUACCGAAAUGAAAGAGCAUGCUGACGCGGAGAAAAGCGCACACCAAGCGCAAGCCCUAUGGGGAGCCUGCCAGUCCCUGUGGUCGUCGAUCCGCAGCGGCCAGCCCGGCAAAUCGUGGCGCGAUCAGCUGCGCCCGCUAAAGGACGAAAUAGCCGCCGUAGCCCGGUCGGCCGAAGGGGACGAGCUGGUGACCGUGGUGCUGAAAGGUCUGCCCGAAACGGCCGUCAAGCGUGGCGUCUACCCGGAGGAUGCGCUCCGCGAACGCUUCCUCAAGGUGGAGGAAGUGUCCCGCCGGUUGGCCCUCGUCCCGGCCGAGGGUGCCCGGUUGCCGAUGUACGUGCUUUCCUACCUGCAGGCCGCCCUGAUCGCUCGCCCCGACAAGCCCAUCUCGCAGGACGAGCUCGAGAACAAACCGUUCGACUUCAGCAAGCUGGACACGUACGACAUCCUGAACCGCGCCCGGUACUGGCUCGAUCGGGGCGACCUGGUCAAGACGGUCCAGUACGUCAAUCUGCUGCAGGGGGCGCCGCGCAAGGCCGCACUAGAUUGGCUGAACGAGGCGCGCCUGCUGCUGGAAACGCAACAAGCUGCCAGCACGCUGAUGGCGCAUGCCGCCGCUAGCGGUGUCCGAUUCCUGUGAGGCGAUUCGAUUUUGUAUUAAUUGUGUACUUGGUCUGGCUAAGCGAGCGCAACGGAAAUUGCCACAAAAUUGUCACACAUCCAGCCGACCGGCAAUGUUGGAGAGCCAAUGUGUGGACUUGUGUAUCGUAACAGCAAUAGUUAGAUGCCGAAUACAAGGGUCAGUUGUGUUUGGGUUGUCAAAUUCGCUCUAGUUUUGUGGCGCGCGGGUAGCGGUGGGUAGCUCGGGUUCGUGCGGAGAGGCAUCAUUUGCAAAAGAAAAAAAAAUCCAUUCGGGUAAAGAAAUGACUUUAAGCGAGGCAAAAAGUAUUGUUUUUACACAUUAGCGAUUCCUUUUUCGCCUUCCACGCCUCCGUAGCGCGAUUCCUAGUUUGAUUUUAUUGUUAUUUCACGUCGCAUUGAUUAAUUUAUAGAACCGUACUCUCGUUUCAGGAUGGUGAGGAUUGUAAACGCACGAUACGAGCAGAUGGGCUAAAAGACCGUAUGAACAGAACAAGUAGAAUAAAAUAAAAUCAGUCAUUUCACAUGGA